AUGGGUGAGGUGAUUUACAACACGCCCAACAUGAUGACCAUGGCCAGGAACACACAAGGAGAGAGAGAGGAGAGGAUAGUGGAGAUCUACGCUACCAGUGAGAGCCUCAGAGACCAACACCAGGACUAUGUGGGGACAGAGGAGUCCUCCAAUACUCUGGGAACAGUAAGAAGUCAGCAGCCGGACCCUGUGAGCCGUCCUCGGUGUCCGAUCAGGGCUGUGGUGGUGCUUCUGGUCCUGCUGUCUGUUGCCCUGCUGGCUGGACUGCUUGGGUUGGCAGUGCAACACAAGACCGUCAUGGAGAAGACUGUAAGCAUGGACAGAGACACUGAGCAACUUCUCCAAAGGCUGAAGAAUGUGACAGAGCAGAGAGACUCACUGCUUUGUAAACAGGACUGUCCAGGUGGUUGGGAUAAGUUUGGUUGUAAAUGUUACCGGCUCUCCAAUGAGUGGGAAUCCUGGAAUAAGAGCAGGGAGAUAUGUGUUUCCGUCGGGGCAGAUCUGGUGGUUGUGGACAAUGAAGGGGAGAUGAACUUCAUUAGCGGCAAGGGCUCCUGCUUCUGGCUCGGAGCGACAGAUGAGGCCAGUGAAGGGUUGUGGAGAUGGGUUGAUGGGACCGUCCUGUCAGUGGAUAACCCCUCAUGGGUGAGGCGGAAACCUGGCGAUGGCAAGGACAAGAACUGCUUAAGGAGGGACUGGGUGCAGACCAAUUUUAAAUGGGAAGAUGAGAGCUGUGAAGCCAGAAACUAUGGGCUUUGUGAAUAUAAUUUAAGAAAAUGA